GGACCAAUUCCGAGUAUUCCGUUCCCCACUAUAUUUAGGAAUCCGUAUCGUGUGUACUUUUGUUUCUAUAUAUUACUCCAUCGUCUAUCAUCUUCAUCCCAUAUCCCAAAACCAGAUUCAGAUUUCAAUUCCAGCCGAAACUAUUGGGCGCUAGUUUUGAAUUUCAAAAACUCGCACUGUUGACGGACCCAGUUUUAUCCGAAAACCCAGUACACAUUACCCACUCACUCACAGUCACCCUUAUAUAUAUAACACACCUCCUUUUUCCCAAACCCUAAAUCUAGCACAAAACCCUAAACAGAACAAAUUGAAUCUUGGCGAUGGUGGGGAGAAAGAGAGGUAGGGGCGGAGGCCGAGGCGGCAAGCGGCCGAGGAAAGAAGAGAACGGCGGCGAGGGUGUUUUGGGAAUUGAGAAUGAGGAAGUGAAACAAGUAGCUGUGGAGGAGAAGCCGAAGCCGGGCAGAGGCAGGAAGCGGCGGGGGCAGAAAGAAGAGGAAGAAGACUGCGGCGGAGGACAGAGGCGUUAUACACUGAGGGAGAGGGCGUUGAAGGCGGAGACUCGGAAGAAGAGGCAGAGAAAGGUAGCGGCGGCGGCGAAGGAGGAGAGGCCUGACGUGUCGACUAUGUGCCAUCAGUGUCAGAGGAAUGAUAAGGGGGAAGUGGUGCGGUGCACGGGUUGUUGGAAAAGAAGAGAGAGGAAGAGAUAUUGUCUCCAUUGUAUUCAGACUUGGUAUCCCAACGCCUCGGUGAAAUCAUUUGCUGAGGCUUGCCCCGUGUGCCGUGGCAACUGCAACUGCAAAUCCUGCCUUCGUUUGGAUGUGCCUGUCAGGUGUUUGGACAAUGUGGACCCGAAAAUCGAUGAUGAGGAGACUAAGUUGGAGCACUGUAAGUAUUUGGUUCAUAGCCUGCUUCCUUAUUUGAAGAGGAUCAAAGAUGAGCAGGUCAGUGAGAUGGUUGUGGAAGCCAAGAGGCAAGGCUUAUCUCAUGUUUCGCAGCUCCAAGUUCAAAAGUCUAAUUGCCUUGAGGAUGAGCGUAUGUUUUGCAAUCACUGCAAUACUUCGAUUUUCGAUUUUCAUAGGACCUGUCCUGACUGUGAGUAUGAUCUGUGCCUUGUUUGCUGCCGGGAGAUUCGAGAUGGCAAGUGGAAGAAGAGAGAGGGGGAAGCGGGGCAUAAGUAUGUUGAUUUGGGGCGUGAGUAUUUGCAUGGAGAGGGAGAGUUCAACAGCUUGCUAAAAAAGAACAGAGAAAAUGUCAGAACGGGAAGAAGAGAACAGAAGAAGCGGAAUGUUGAUGUGGAAGUGAAGCCGGACAAGUUAGAAUCUGCUGAAGAGGAAGAUGAGAAAUUUGUCAACUUGGGGGAGCAUUUGGAUGGAGAGGGAGAGCUGAAGAGGAAUGAUGAUGUGGGAGUGGAGCAGGACGAUUCUGAAUCUGCUGAAGUGGCCACAUUUGAGUGGAGAGCAAGUGAAGAUGGAAGCAUCCUCUGCCCCCCAAAGCACAUGAAAGGUUGUGGUAAGCAUACUUUAGAAUUGAGAUGCAAUUUUUCUCAGAAUCACGUCAUAGAGUUGGUGGAGAAAGCAGGAAAAAUAGAUGAAAGUUACAAUCUUUUGCAUGCUAGUAGUGAGACUCCUGCACAGAAGUGUUCAUGUGUUAAACCUGUGGAUGAUGCUGUUAGCAUAAGUAGCAGUAGCUGUAAGAUAAGGAAAGCAGCAUAUAGAGAUGGUUCUGAUGAUAACUACUUGUUCUGUCCAAGGGUUGGACAAAUCCAAGAUGAGGAUUUUGGCCAUUUUCAGUGGCACUGGAUGAGGGGUGAGCCUGUAAUUGUGAGUAAUGCGCUUGAAAAUGGAUCAGGUCUAAGCUGGGAACCAUCUGUCAUGUGGCGGGCAUUUAGACAGAUAAAGAAUCUCAACCAUGAUAGGGAAUUGGCAGUCGAUGCCAUUGAUUGCUUGGAUUGGAAUUUCAUCGAAAUCAACAACUGCGACUUCUUUACUGGAUAUUCCAAAGGCCGUUUUGAUAAAUUGGAUUGGCCUGAGAUUCUGAAGCUCAAAGACUUUCCUCCAUCUACUGAGUUUGACAAUCGUCUUCCUCGGCAUGGUAAGGAAUUUCUAUGUUGUCUGCCUUUCAAGGAGUACACGCACCCCAAGGGAAGUCUGAACCUUGCUAUGUUCUUGCCAAAGGAGUCAGUAAAGCCGGAUAUGGGUCCGAAAACAUAUAUUGCCUAUGGUGUUGUGCAGGAGCUUGGACGGGGAGAUUCUGUAACCAAGCUUCACUGUGAUAUGUCUGAUGCGGUCAAUAUUUUGACACAUAUAGCUGAAGUGACCCUUGCUCCUGAAAAACUUGCAACUAUAGAUGAGUUGAAGAAAAAACACAGGGAGCAAGACCGAAGGGAGAUGUUUGGAAGUUGUGGCACAAUUGCUGAAAAUGGUAGUGUGCCUCAGGAAGAUUCAGCUGAAGUAUACGAAGAUGGGGGUGCAUUAUGGGACAUUUUCCGAUGCCAGGAUGUUCCACAGCUGGAGAAGUACAUCCAGAAGCACAUUAAUGAAUUCAGGCACUUGCACUGUAAUCCAUUGAAGAGUGUUACUCAUGCUAUACAUGAUCAGACUGUAUAUCUCACUGCGGAGCACAAGAGGAAGCUCAAGGAGGAAUUCGGAAUUCAGCCAUGGACAUUUGUCCAGAAACUUGGCGACGCUGUUUUCAUUCCUGCAGGCUGUCCUCAUCAGGUGAGGAAUUUGAAGUCAUGUAUCAAAGUUGCACUGGACUUCGUUUCCCCUGAGAAUGUGGGGGAGUGCUUUCGUUUGACGGAAGAGUUUCGCACCCUUCCAACAAACCACAGGGCUAGUGAGGAUAAGCUGGAGGUUAAGAAAAUGAUUGUGCAUACUCUUUGUAAUGCUGUGAUGGAGAUUACUGGUGAGAAAAAGUCUGAGGAUGAUGUGAAGCCUAAGAAGAGAAGGUGAGGCGCAAGGGAUAAGGCUCUAAGUAAGUUCUAACAAAAUGUGGUAUGAAGCAAUUAGUAGUGACUUAAUCUUGAAUUAGUAGUGCUGUAUACCAUAGGAAUUGGUAUUUGAUUUUGUAACAUUAACUCAUGGUUUUUUUUUCUCCAAGAUCAAAUCACAGUUG